AUGAUCACACUAUCACAUCAUCAUACUCCCUCACCACUCAGAAGACGCUUACAGUUAAUGGAUGAAAUUAUUGAGCUUGGUGAGAUGCGUUUAGAGCUGUUUCGUCUCAUUAACAACAUCCAAGAAGCCAUCGAUGCGGAAAGAAAAAGGAAAAUCGCAAUCUUGAUGCAGGUACCACAACCUUGCUAUGCUCAUGUCAUGAAUAGAUCAAAAUCAGUCUUUAGGUCAUUACAGGGACAGCCAGCAGUUGAGGUUACAAAUGAAGGCGUUGACGCUGCAGGGCUUGCCAUUGGUACAUCUUCGGAGGCUGUGUUCAAACUUAAGAAGGUUCUCAACCCCAAGCAAGUUCAGCUCAACUGA